AUGGCCGAAUACUGGAAAUCUACGCCUAAAUAUUGGUGCAAGCAAUGCCAAAUUUACGUCCGCGACACCGCCUUCGAGAAAGCCCAGCAUGAAGCGACGGGAAAACACCAAGGAAACUUAAAACGCUUCCUCAGGGACAUCCAUCGCAGCAAAGAGCGCGAGGAAAGAGAGAGCCAACGGACCAAAAACGAAGUCGAGAGACUGCGAAACUUGGUAUCGGGCAAACCCGCCGCGCCUAGAACCGAUGCGGCGCAGACUCGACCGCUGGCAUCGUCGCAUGCGCCGCGGCAAGCAACAGCCGAAGACCGAAAGAAGCAGAUGGCGCAACUGGCAGAAAUGGGUGUUGCUGUUCCGGAAGAGUAUCAACGAGAUAUGGCGAUUGCGGGGCAAUGGAAAACGGUUUCAGAGCGAAGGAUUACGCCGGUCGAGAACGAGGAAGAUGGUGAAACUCGGCGGCUCAGUGUUGGCGUGAGGAAGAGGAAGCAUGAGGGAGAGGAGGAGGAAGAUGAAGAGGCUCAUAUUGAGAAUAAAAAUAUACGAAAGGGCUGGGGUGCCGCGACGCGAGAUUAUCCUGGAGCCACUGACGAGAACGACGACUUAGACGCACUUCUCUCAAAAACAAAGGUGAAGAAACGUGAUAACGACGCAGAAUCAGACACGAAAUCAAAACUAGAAGAUGUCCAAGAUAACCCCGAAGAGAAGACCGCAUGGACAAAGGUCGAGCCUGAAUCAGCAGAGCCAGCCAAGGAGGAAACCGAUUCACAAGAAGCGUCUCAAGUGCAGCCAGCAGAGGGCGAGCCUCAAGAGACAGCGCCAGCGGUUGUCUUUAAAAAACGAAAGAACAAGGCUGCAAAGAGAUAG